AUGGUUUUGCUAGAUCAACUCUGGGAUGACGUCGUUGCCGGGCCUCAGCCUGAACGCGGCCUUAAACACCUUAAGAAAGCUUUCACCAAACCGUUGAACAUCAAAGAUAUUGGAGGAGAGAGUAGCAGCAAGUACAAAAGGUCUAUGUCGAUGCCGGCCAGCCCAGGGACGCCGACGACGCCUAUGACUCCGUCGCCAACGGCAGCGCGUAAAGAUAACGUGUGGAGGAGUGUGUUUCAUCCUGGUAGCAACCUUGCUACAAAGAGUAUUGGGGCUGAUUACUUUGACAGGCCACAGCCCAACUCUCCUACCGUUUACGACUGGCUUUACAGUGGGGAGACUAGGAGCAAACACCGUUGA